AUCAGAAAAACGACAGCGCGAUAAAAAUUAGUAUUGUUGCACUUCACAAAUUAAUGACCAUGAGUUCCUACUUGAUAAACUCCAACUAUAUCGAGCCUUCCUUUCCUCCAUGCGACGAAUAUCAGCAGAGCGGAUACAUCCCCAACGCUGGUGAUUACUACGAGCGGCCAAAAGAUACGGGCUUCCCCCAUCACGAAGAACCAUCCUAUCCGAGGUCAAACUACACAGAAACGGGAUACGAUUACGGUAACGUCCCUGCUACCGGACUCGAUGAUUUCGGGGAUGGGCAUCACGCACAGCCGCAGCCGGUUCCACAGAGCCACGGUCCUCGCCUCUCCGCGGCCCCAGACGGUGGCGCAGGGGAAAAUGCCAGCAAAGACUGCAGCCUCACCAGUGAGGCAUAUCCCGGCGUAGCGAAGGGCAAGGAGCCGGUGGUCUAUCCGUGGAUGAAAAAGGUCCACGUUAACAACGUCAAUCCCAAUUACACUGGAGGAGUGCCCAAGAGGUCCCGCACUGCAUACACCCGCCAGCAGGCUCUGGAGCUGGAGAAGGAAUUCCACUUCAACCGGUACCUGACCCGGCGCAGGCGGGUGGAGAUUGCGCACACCAUGUGUCUGUCCGAGCGCCAGGUCAAGAUCUGGUUUCAGAACCGGAGGAUGAAGUGGAAGAAGGAGCACAAGCUUCCCAACACGAAGAUCCGCUCCUCCAGCUCGGCCUCGUCCUCAGCCUCGGGGCCCCAGCAGCAGCAGAUCAAAACAGGCCAGCAGCUUGUCCCCACGCCGUGCACCGCAGGUCUAUAGUGCUGAAAUUAACCCCGUACCACAAAACCCAAUCCAGACUGAGAUGGCAAAUAUCACAAGUGGAAUUUGAUGGACCGAUUCUCAGUAUUUUACACACAUGGUGUUAUCUAUUUCACCUUGCCUCUGCCAUUGGGCCCCUGUCACGUCCUUUGUACCCUUUCCCUCUCCUGUCGUCCUCGCCCUCUUCAUAUAAGCUUGAAAUUCACCUUUUAUUGCCACGGUGGCCACUGAAGUGUUUCUAUAUUUGUUUAUUAUUAUGAAAGAAGGAUAACGCACAUUCAAAUGUAGGAUCAAUAUGUAUCAUUACAGUUAACAUUCAGUGAGGUAAACAGUAUUUUUUCUAUGUUCUCUGAGUAUUGUUUUUUCAUUAUUUUUUUAUUAUUGCUCAUGGAAAGCUCUAAUAUACUUGAAAGAUAUUUAGCGAGACUCUCGAUGCCUGUUAGAAAACCAGACGGCUGAUUUAGAGGUAAGGCAUCAGUCAGAGUAACAGUGUUUGUGUGUUUGAGUGGGUUGGUUUACUGUUGAAUGUAGUCCAGGUGACAUUCACAUUUAAUGUACAUAGGCAAAUCAUAAUGAAGGCACAAUAAGGAAAGCAUUUCGUCAAGUAGAAUUAUGUUUGUUGGUGUUGUAAAGUCUAGGUUUAUUUGUGCUAGUCCGUCCCAUGUUGUGCUGUGUUCUAAACUGUGAAUAUUUGUAUGUGUUGUCCCAGUAUUGUGGUUGUGA